AUGCCCUGGAGCCGUUCAACCGCUAAUCAUUCAAAAUUGUGGCCACAACGACCUGAACAGACAACCAGAGUUUUGGAACCGGAUUCACUCGUUCAUAGAGGACGAACUAUUCGCUUAUAUAGACUCAUUCAAACUUAUGCACGAAAGUCAGUCAACGCAUGUGACUCUUAUGAAAUACUUUGGAAGAAAGAGAGCGGGAUACACGGCGUUCUUUCGACCGGAAUACAAUGCAGCAGUCAGGGGGGAGGCUAUAACUUUGCGCUUUAUCAAGUGCUCCCGGUCGUCAUCCACUCUUCACAACAGAAAAUUUCACGAGGACCGCCGAAGAAAUACUGAAGAAGGCGAGUGGUGUUCGGCAAAGAGUCUCUUGCCGUCACAGGUUGCGGCAGCUGACCGUUGUGUGUAUUUCCACAACAGCGAUUUGUUGUUGUGAUG